CAUUUCCCCUCCCCAAUUUCCAGCGCACAGUUUAGUGGGAGUAGUGUGGAAAGAAGCUGUGCAGCAAUGGGAAUCAAUCUAGGUGACGUGUUCCCAAAUUUCGAAGCUGACACAACCGUGGGAAAGAUAAAAUUCCACGAGUGGCUGGGAGACUCAUGGGGCCUCUUGUGCUCCCACCCUGCAGACUACACCCCUGUUUGCACCACAGAGUUGGGUCGUAUGGCUAAGAUGGCAUCAGAAUUUCAAAAGCGCAAUGUGAAAAUGAUAGCGCUUUCUGUUGACAGCGUUAAAGAUCACCAUGGGUGGACCAAGGAUAUCAAUCACUACGUAGGAGAUCCACAGGUUCAAAACCUGCCAUUCCCCAUCAUUGCUGAUGAAAAAAGAGAGCUGGCUGUGCAACUGGGAAUGCUUGAUCCUGCAGAGAAGAACAAGCAAGGUCUACCACUAACUGCUCGUGCUGUGUUUGUUAUUGGGCCUGACAAGACACUGAAACUGUCCAUCCUGUACCCAGCUACCACCGGGAGGAACUUUGAUGAGAUCCUAAGAGUUAUUGAUUCCUUGCAGUUAACAGCUUGCAAGAAAGUGGCGACGCCAGUGAACUGGAAAGCUGGUGGGGAAUGCAUGGUCCUUCCCAACAUUUCAGACGAGGAAGCAAGCAAGCUGUUCCCGAAAGGAAUUCGCACUGAGAAUCUCCCGUCUUCCAAAAGCUACCUGCGCUUCACACCUCAGCCCUGAAACAGCAGAGACUUCAGAAUUAAACUUUCUGCUCUGACUCUGACUCUGUGCCUGUCCUUACUGCAAAUAUGAACAAAUGGAAAUCAAUUUGAAAUCAGAUUACUGUUUUUUUGCAAUGAGAUUUCUUGCUGUAACCUUUUGGAGAAUAAAAUAGUCUUCAUAAAA